AUGGCGCCCCUCGCAAGGAUCGUCGUAGGCCCAGUCUCAAUUCCCGUGCAGUACAACAUUCCGGACGCGCAACUCUUCAGCCAGAAGUGGUGGGCGGAAGCCACCAAGACGAACCUGUUCUGGACUCAAUUCAAAAAGUACAUUUCUCGAGGUACUAUCAACAAGAGAAUUGGGUUGGAAAUCAAGGCGGAUGUCGUGGAAGGUACUCGAGGAUUACAGAUCCAUUCUAAUGCCGCAGAACCGACUCGCGGGAAAGGGCGAGGGCGCCCGAAACAACAAAAGAAGAGGAUGCGGCCUCAGAGCACAUAUGUAGCCUCGACACCCACUGCAACGCCAGGCGCAGAAGAGCAUUCAGAAUUCGAAUCUGAGGUGGACACCAUGGAUGAAAGACUGGAGAGUGACGAGUUGGGCAUUGGAGGAGGGGACAUGCCGGGCCCGAGACGUUCUGCUCGCCCUCGUCGGAAACCUGCCUUUUCCCCCCAGUCGAAUGCACAAAGCGCAACAAAGAAUGCGCAUUCAGGCGCAUUCAGCGACAUUAGCGUCCGAUAUGACGGCACCCUACUCUGCGAGGCAUGCAACGGCACUGUACCUGAAGUAGCCGAGGAAAGCAUUGCUGUCGAGGUACCCACUCUAUCGGGCAAUCUUUUUGAACCACCAAAGGACACAAUGGCCGGCCCGUCCACGCCAGCGGAAUCCUCGAUCGUCAAGCUGGAGGACGAGAAGUCCGAACUACAAGACAGGUUAGCCACCACUGUUGCGGCAACGAAAACCAAGCGACGGCGACAGCGACAGCGCGAGGACGAUGGACGGAUUCUCACAAUCAACGGAGAGGAAUGGUUGGUCUAUGUCGACGAGAAGGGUGACGAGCACACGGUCAAGCUCGGGUUGGCUAAAAAGAAGAUCAAGAUUGAGCUGGACUAA